CCCGAGCGGCUGCCUGCGGUCCCGGCUCGGCCUCCCGGUGCGAUGGAGGCCGAAGAGCUGAUGGUGCUGUUCGGGGACGACUCUGUGGAGGUGCACUACGCGGGGGGAUCGCGCCUGCUGCUGUCUCCGUGCGGCUGCGAAUACCUGUACAAAGCAGCGCUCCCCGCCGCCGCCCACCCGCUCCAGCCGGCCGAGACCACCCGCCAGCGGGUCGCCUUCGUCGUCAGUGCCUACAGGGAACAACUUCUACGAGCUCUAGAUUUCCGGAACAAGUUUUCUUCUCGCCCGUACUUACCUUCCCGCGUUAUACCUCCAGAGAGAAAAAAGAUUCUUCUCAAUGAUAUCUUAGAAAUUAGAUGGCCUGACCCUGCAACAGCUGAUCUGACAAGAUGUAUAGACAAUGGCAGUGUGAAGAUCUCAUCUGUAGAUGGCUAUGCUCACCUUUACUUGUCAGAAUUACAGCAAGAAUUUACAGUGGAGUUCUUAUGCAAAGUCAGCCAGUCAUCUGCAGCAUCGUUAUGCUCCUCUCAAAAGUACAGCUACUAUCAAACUGGAGUUCAGCAUGAAAAACCAAGUAAUGACUCUGUUACAGAAAUGUCAUUGAAACAAACAAAAAUAGAGAAUAAGAAGAAUAAACGUGGUUGUGCUGAAGGUAAAUUCAGGGAACCAACCAAACCAAAGGAUCAAGGAGACAGAGAUGGAGACCCUUUGUUCUACACCAGUUGUUCUUCUGAAUACACAUGGGUUACCCAGUGUUGGUCUGUUUCCUCCUAUCCAGAAGAAUGGAAAUAUCCUUUGUCUUUGGCACUGAUGUGCUGUAGCUUACAUACAGUUAAGAACAUAAUGAAGCCAUGUGGGGAAAAUAACCAUACAUCUAUCAAGGCUGAUGUUUUAACAGACCCUGAAACACAUGAAACAGUUUCUUGUUUACCUACAGCUUUGCCACUCAGCUGCAGAGCCCCACAUUUACACAGGUGGACUUUCUGUGACUUCUUUCAGAAUGAAGAUACUGAAAACUAUGCAUGCCCUCAGCUAAUUCAAGUUGUAUGGUGCCAGGGUGUGUUUUACAGAUUUAUCCAUGGUAGGACAAACAUCAUAGAAGUUUAUCCUGGUGAUGACUCAUUUUUCAAGUCAGAGGGAGCAUUUUUAGGAAAAUAUUUCGUACAUUAUGCAGUCCAAAAAGGAACAAAACAGGUGGAAGAAAAAAUGUAUUCAGUGAACAGCCUUCCUCCUGAUGUACCAGGAAAUCCAUAUUCUAUAUCCUCCAUUAUUACUCAGGCAACCAAAAUACUUCAUUAUUGCUGCAAGACAAAACUGUUAUUAAGUCAUAACUAUUACUUCUGCUGUUGGAAAAUGGUACCUGAGACAGAUGGACGAGAAAUGUUGCCAGCUUUGCUGUAUGAAAAGACUAUUCCCAGCAUGGGAAGACUCAUUGUGUACUCAGAUCAUAAAGUCCAUGCUGCUUUUUGGAAUGGGUUGACCCUGAAUGUGGUUUGGGAUUUCAGUUCCUCCUCUAAUGAGAUUCAGGUACAUCAGAACAGCAAUAGAAUGGUGCAGAAGUUUGAAUGAAAGGAAAGAGAUUGCUGAAUAUACUGCACACUCUGUAACUGAAGAAAACUGGUAUUCAUCUUUGUCCUAAAAAAUUGACUAUAAAUAAUAUUGAAAACAAAGCCCAAAAAUAUUAUAAACUGUGAAUUUUAUAGAUUGCAUUUCCUAAUGGUCCAAAAGACCAUUUAUUUUGUAUGGUUUCAUAUUUUUCAUUCAGCUUUUAAAAUGUUAGGUGGGUUCCAGGGGGAGGUUGUUUCAUUGAGCCUGUCUUACUUAAAUAUCAGAAUUACGAUGACUUGGCUAAAGGAGUAUUAAUGUUACAGAGAUAGUAUCUUGCAAGGCAAAAAAAGAGAAACUAGGCUAAGAAAGGUGUCUUAACAGAAUAUCAAGCAAUUCAAAACAGUGCUUUGAACUUAGCAGUUGGGUAUUUUGCUGAUGGACUUGCCCUUUUUAAUACAUGCUACUGACCAGAAAUCUACUGACAUCACAUGCAAACACAUUUGGGUAUUAAAAAUGUGUUAAUUGAUAUCAAUUACUCUUGUACUUGUUACUUAAAUUAUAGCAGAUUCAGCUGAUACAUUUUAUAGCUGAUGAAGUGAAAAUUUUUAUCUAUAUUUAUAGAUACAUAGAGAAAAGAGACUACUCUUCAAGCAGAGCCUUAGUUUUCAGGAACACAAAUGAUUAAUGUCAGCCAUUGUAUGAAAGACAGAAAUAAAGCGACUUUUUUUACACUUGGAUUUUGCUUAUCUAACUUCCAGUAUUGCUGGAAACUGUUAAAAAAUAAAAUCUGAUUUAUAAAAUGUCUUUAAGAACCUUUUAUGAUACUAUAUAGUUUAAUAAUCUUUAUUUUCUUGGACAGGUCUGCUGAUGCUGAGCUCGAAAAAAUCCAGAGAU